UGCCGCUACUGUUUACUACCCGACAGCUUUAGCUUUUGCCUUUGUCCUUAAAUCAAGUUAAUCCCUUUUUUCUAAAUUACCACACACAAAAAAGUGACUUUCAAUUCCUAUAAAACACUCUUCUUCACAAAGCCUCUUACCUCAUCAAGUCUAUCUCUCUCUAGACAACCACACGAACACAAAAACAAAGUUUCUUUCUUUGAAGAUUGAAUCUAAGAAAUGGAGAAAGUUGGUGAUUAUGAUGAGCUUGUUAACCUAAAGGCAACAGAGCUGAGAUUGGGAUUACCAGGAACAGAAGAAACUGUUUCUUGCGGAAAAAGCAACAAAAGAGCAUUACCUGAUGAUGAUACUGAGAAAGAGAUUGAAUCCACUGGAAAAACUGAAACAGCUUCUCCACCAAA